CACGACGGACAACAAAACCCCUCCAUCUUCCUCCUCCUCCUCCUCCGCUCCUUUUCUCUUCAGCUCGCGGAUUUCAGAUCCCUGCAUUUUGAUUCAGAAAUGCAAUGUAUGGUUUGAUUUGGAAUUGGAUGUUUCAUAGGUGGAUUUAGGGAUUCGUUUCGAUUGGGAUCGACUGAGGUUUAUGCGAUUUGUCUUCGUGUAAUCUUCAAUGGAGAAUUCGGAGGUCAAGGAUUGCGUGAGAGUUGCUGUUAACAUUAGGCCAUUAAUUACUCCUGAACUUCUAAAUGGCUGUACCGAUUGCAUCACAGUCGUCCCUGGCGAACCACAGGUGCAAAUUGGGUCGCAUGCGUUCACUUAUGAUUAUGUUUAUGGAGGCGGUGGAUCAUCGUCUUCAAGGAUCUAUGACGAUUGCGUUGCUCCUCUUGUUGAUGCUCUCUUUCAUGGUUACAAUGCCACCGUUCUUGCUUACGGCCAGACGGGUUCAGGGAAAACAUAUACAAUGGGAACAAACUAUACAGGAGAAGGAAGUAAUGGUGGGAUCAUACCCAAAGUACUGGAAAGUAUAUUCCAAAGAGUUGAAGCAAUGAAAGAUUCUACCGAAUUUUUGGUCAGAGUAUCAUUUAUUGAGAUAUUCAAGGAAGAAGUUUUUGACUUACUUGAUCCAAAUUCGAUGGCUUCAUCUAAAUCUGAGGGGAAGGCAGCAGCAGCACCUGGAAGAGUUCCAAUACAGAUUAGAGAAACAGUCAAUGGGGGGAUAACACUUGCUGGGGUAACUGAGGCAGAAGUUAGGACAAAAGAAGAGAUGGCAUCAUAUUUGUCGCGAGGUUCUUUAUCUCGUGCAACAGGAAGUACCAAUAUGAAUAGCCAAUCAAGUCGCUCACAUGCUAUCUUUACAAUAACCAUGGAGCAAAAGAAGAUAGCCAGUUGCCAAUCUGGGGUAACAAAUGAUGACAUUGGUGAUGAUAUCCUUUGCGCCAAGCUUCAUUUAGUGGACCUUGCUGGCUCUGAACGUGCAAAAAGAACCGGAGCAGAUGGACUGCGACUCAAAGAAGGCAUUCAUAUCAAUAAGGGUUUACUCGCUCUUGGAAAUGUAAUAAGUGCAUUGGGAGAUGAGAAGAAGAGGAAAGAAGGGGGCCAUGUCCCAUACCGUGAUAGCAAGUUGACUCGCUUGUUACAGGAUUCACUUGGAGGAAACAGCAAAACAGUGAUGAUUGCUUGUGUUAGUCCUGCUGACACAAAUGCUGAAGAGACUUUGAACACCUUGAAGUAUGCAAAUCGUGCUCGCAACAUUCAGAAUAAGGCAGUGAUUAACCGUGAUCCAACGGCAGCUCAGCUUCAAAGAAUGCGGAGCCAAAUUGAACAGUUGCAGGCCGAACUUCUAUUUUACCGAGGUGAAGGAACUACGCCAUUUGAUGAACUUCAGAUUCUCAAAAACAAGGUAUCGUUACUUGAAGCAAGCAAUUCAGAGCUACAACGAGAGCUUCAAGAACGUAGGGUUGCCAGUGAACACUUAGCACAACGUGCUCUAGAUGCUCAGGUUGAGAGAGACAAGCUAAUAAUGAAAAUUGAAUCAGCUAGAAACGGUAAAUCUUGGGAUGAGAUUGAUUCUAACGAAAAUCAGGACUUUGAUUUGUUGAAAACUUAUGUGGUGAAAAAUCAAGAAUUAGAAGGGGAAUUGCUACGCUUGAGAAGCUUAUAUAGCUCAAAACGCAGACGAUUUUCUGAUUUUGCUGACUCUGAUGAUGAGGGUUUUCACCCAAAAAAUGCGUUGUUUUCUUGUGUAAAUGAGUUGUCAUCUGACUGCGACACCAAAGGUGUGGACAUUUCAGAGAUUGAAGAUCAGGAGAAGGAGCUUGAGCAUUCUACUCUCCAAGAAAAAUUAGAUAGGGAGCUGAAGGAGUUAGACAAAAAACUUGAACAAAAGGAGGCUGAAAUGAAGCGAUUUACAAAUGUUGACACUUCUGUUCUUAAACAACAUUAUGAGAAGAAAGUUCAGGAAUUGGAACAAGAGAAGCGGGCAUUACAGAAAGAAAUUGAUAAUCUGAGACAUAACCUUUCCAAUAUAUCAUCUACCUCCGGUGACAGUGCUCAAAAAUUGAAGGAAGAGUACCUUCAGAAGUUAAAUCUCCUUGAGGCACAGGUAGCAGAGUUGAAGAAGAAACAAGAUGCUCAAGCUCAGCUUUUGAGACAAAAACAAAAAGGUGAUGAGGCAGCAAAACGACUACAGGAUGAGAUUCAAAGAAUCAAGUCUCAGAAGGUUCAACUACAACAUAAGAUCAAGCAAGAAUCUGAGCAGUUUAGACUAUGGAAAGCAUCACGAGAAAAAGAGGUUCUUCAGCUCAGAAAAGAGGGAAGAAGAACUGAGUACGAGAUGCAUAAGCUGUUAGCUCUGAACCAACGACAAAAGAUGGUUUUGCAAAGAAAGACUGAAGAAGCGUCAAUGGCUACAAAAAGACUGAAGGAGCUUCUUGAAUCUAGAAAGGCUCCUUCCCGUGAAACUUUCAGUGCGGGAAAUGGCAAUGGUCCUGGAGUCCAGGCUCUGAUGCAAGCAAUUGAACAUGAGCUUGAACUCACAGUUCGGGUACAUGAAGUUCGCUCUGAAUAUGAACGACAAAUGGAAGAGAGGGCUAGGAUGGCCCAAGAGGUUGCAAAACUAAAGGAAGAAGCUGAGAUGCUUAAGCAGACUAAUCUCAGUGACUGGCCUGAGACAAUGUCACCUGGUGCAAGAAACUCAAGAAUUUUUGCCCUUGAAAACAUGCUUGCUACUUCUUCCAGCACUCUAGUCUCUAUGGCAUCACAGUUAUCUGAAGCAGAAGAGCGUGAACGUGGCUUUGGUGGAAGAGGUCGUUGGAACCAAGUUCGAUCUCUUGCUGAUGCAAAAAAUAUUAUGAAUCACCUAUUCAAUUUAGCAUCCACCUCCAGGUGCUUGCUGCGAGAUAAAGAAUGUGACUGCAGAGAAAAGGACACAGAAAUAAGAGAUCUAAAGGAAAAGGUUGUCAAACUCAGCAGUUUGAUUAGACAACUUGAAACCCAGAAGGCAGAGCUUGUUCUUCAGUUGAAACUGAAGGAUGCAGCCCUGAACGAUAGAAAACAUAGAUAUGACUUGAGGAAGCAGGAUUACCGUAGCUCUAUUAUGUUGUUGGAGGACAUGGAUAUAUCCGACUCAGAGUAUUCAGGCAUUGAAUCUGAGGAUGAUGAAUGGGUAUGUUCAGUAAAAAGGCCUGUUAAGAAAAGAAAUUAUAGAAAUGGAAGUGAAGUUGGCUCUGGUCCAGGGAGCAAUCAAUUAGAUGCCAGUCAUAUUGAAGGUUCUAAAAACCCUUCAGGAGAGGGUAUCAAGGCUCAGAUGGAGGAAACUGCUACUGGAUUAUGCUGUACGUGUACUAAAAGUUCAUCAUGUAAGACACUGAAAUGCCAAUGUCGAGCUGACGGUGGCAGCUGUGGGGCAUCGUGUGGCUGUUCAUCUACUAGGUGUUCCAAUAGAGAACCUUUUUCAACCAAAAUGGAUGAGGUACCACAACCAGGGAUGGGAAUUACUGCAGAUAAUGUUUCAGAACCUGAUGAAAUGGAGAAGAAUCAGAUCCUUGCUUCUCAUGGCGCUAGGCUUCUUCAGAAUGCAUUAAGUGAGAAGGCAGCAGAGACAAAUGAUGGUAAUAGGGCAAGAAGGAAGCCUCUAUUAGACAUUGGUAACACACUGGCCAAGUCCAAUGCACCAAAGCCUAACCAGAGAAAGAAAUGGCGGAAAUCCGUCAUACAGCUAGUUCCUGAUGCUCCUCCUUCCUCUCAGCCUGAUAAUACAGCAGUGCCUCAAAAGCCAGAAGACAGCGAAGCUCUCAAAGGGCCAGAUAGUUAUGCAAGCGAGCCAGAUAUUCCAUUGAAGCUUCCAAGAGCAAUGAUAUCAGCAGCAUCAAAAGCACCUCAAAAGCCAGAAGACAGUGAAGCUCCCAAAGGGCCGGAUAGUUAUGCAAGCGAGCCAGAUAUGCCAUUGAAGCUUCCAAGAGCAAUGAGAUCAGCAGCAUCAAAUGGACCUCAAAAGCCAGAAGUUAAUGAAGCUUCCAGAAGGCCAGAUAGUUAUGCAAGCGAGCCAGAUAUUCCAUUGAAGCUUCCAAGAGCAAUGAGAUCAGCAUCAUCAAAUGGCGUCAAUCUGUUGAGGGAACGAAAUGCUGGAAAACACAAUGAAUCAAGCAACAAGGAAGCUGCUGUUCUUCCUCCAAGCAGCAGUCCUGCUAGGCCAACAAGAACGUCGGAUGAGAAAGAGAACUGCCGCCAUUAACAUGGUAGUUACUUGUACUGUUGUUGAUUGGAAAAAUAUCCCACACUAACAUUGUAAUAUUUCAGAUGUACCUUCCUCUUUACUCAUUACCAUCACCGUUUUUUAUGUCAGAUUAUUUUUGUACAU